GUCUCGAAAUAUUGUCGACAUAAAUCUCGCUUGUUCGAAGUUAACAAAAUAAAUCAAGAAAAAUAUUUUGUGUAAGAUAGAGUCGAAAGUAGUGGACACUGUGGAAAGGGAAUCAUAAUACCUAUCUUUUGAAUGAGUUAAUAAAGGUGGUUAGUUUGAAAAUGUGUUGAAGAAUAAACAUACAAAAAUGUUUUAUAUGAUGUGAUCCAAUCAGUGACGUUUUCAUGCAAAAUAUUGAUACAACUAUUAAAUUAAAUUCUAUUCCAGUCGUGAUAGCUUCAUAAAGGUGCACAAUGAUGGCUGAAGAAGGAGUGAACAACAGGCCUGGGCCACCCGGGGUCAACUCGCGCUCGCUCAGCACUGUCCAUUCUGCUGCCGACCUGGAGGUGCUCCGCGAAAUAGACAACGUGUACUUCUCAGCGCCGCACGAGUUCGACGCGGCGCGUCACGCGCUGCGGCACGCGCCCAGCCCGCUCUCGUGCUCGGCGAUCGAGGACAUGUUCGCCAAGCUGAAGAGGCAACAGCAGGUAGUAUCAGGUAAAGCACUCCACCUCAUCUCGCAGCAGCGCGACAGUUGCGAUCGCGAAUUCGCCGAAAUCGAGAACAUUCGCGCGCAUCUCGCUCAAACAUUGCAAAAAUGUAGAGAGGCAAGGUGUUCCCUGCGUAACGCUUCGAAUCAUUUGACCAUGUCCACAUUUGUCAUAUUAGCCAAUUAUAGGAAGCGCGAAAUUAUCCGACGCGUGUUAAAAUCCUUAGAUUUACUCAGACGAUUGCGUAGUGUCGAAAAAGAUGUCGCUAAUCUGUUGAACAGAAGAGAAUAUUACGAAGCGAUUGCAUUAAUUCUACAAAGCAGGAAAGACGCCGUCAAUCACAAAGAAUACACUUGCAUUGGUGAUUUGAAUAAUAGACUACAGGACACGUUAGAUAUGACCGAGGAGAGGUUAGACGCCGUAUUGUCGUCAUUGUGUUAUGAUUUCGAUGGAAAUGUUUUUAGAAAGUUACGUGAUGCUUUCAAUUUGUUAGGUAAGACUCAGGCUGCGAUGGAACAACUCCAUAUGCAUUAUUCUUCAGCUGUCAACGAAUCGUCAUUAGAAUCAUUGAAACGUUACGUAGGUAAGGAGCAAGCAAAUUUGGAGAUGAAAUUUCAGGACAUGUGUCAAAUGGUACAAUCAAAUAAAGCGCCUAUGUGUCUUUUGAAUCUGUGCGAAAAUCUGUUUUUGAUCAUGAAGAGUUACUAUCUUCUCGUUAAUUGGCAUACGAAACACGAUGUGGAGGAUUCGUCGGCGGUCAGCAACGUUUUUGAGAUAGAAAAGAAUGUUAGUCGCGAAUACAUCAGGCAAAAGUUAAACGCUGGUUUGUUUAGGAUUUGGCAUGAUGUACAGGCUAAAGUGUCGACGUUCUUGAAGUAUUCCGGUCUGGAGGAUUAUCCGUUUGAGAAAUUCAUUCAAAUGCUAGGUAUUUUGAGGAAGUUAACGCAGGUAGCCGAAGUGUUUUGCGGCGAUAAAUCGGAUGUUUUGCAAGAUUUUGUCAAAACUCAAAGCGUUUUAUACAUAAAAAAUUAUCACAGAUCACGUAUGGAUGAAUUGAAAUUGUUUUUAGAGAACGAAGGUUGGGAACAGUGUCCUGUUAAGUCCACGUUUAAUUUGUUAAAUUUACAAGAGUUCAAACAGUUCAAGAAGCACUUGAACCCAAAGAAGGAUACUUUAAUAUCGAAAGCUCAAUCCGAAGGUGGUUCGUCAGUUCCUUCUCAAGACGACAGUGUAUAUAUAGCGAAAUAUUUUAAUCAAAAAACGAAUCACAAUCCCUUUGAGAUUUUUAGAAACGACAACGUAACAAAUGACGAUAUUUUCGGUCUAGAACCGGAACUGGAAGUGAGCGAUGAUACAGACGAAGAACCUGAAGAGUUGAAAAGAGAUUACGUUGAAGAAUUAGAUAAAGAUUCUAUCGAUUCCAAUGAAAAACCAAUAGAAAGCCCAUCUAAGAUUAAAGACAGCGUUAUAGUAACAAACACAACUCUAUCAGUUCUUAGGAAUUGUGGACAAUAUCUACAAAUCUGUAGGUAUCUCCCUCAGAUUUCUCUUGAAGUGGUUGUGCUUAUGAAUCAACUUUUCGAUUAUUAUUUUUACACGGUCCAUCUCUUUUUCGCGUCCGAUUUAGACGUGGCCUCGACGACAUUGUACACAGCAAAGUUGAAUGCACUUCUGAAAAGAAUCUCAAAUAAUAUAGACACUAGUAAUAAUGUCGGCGAUGGUGAUGGUAAAACAUAUCCAUAUACAGAAUUACCACAGCAUCUAAAUUUGAAUACUGAAGACAGUCUUCACGGUUUAAGCGAAAGAAUCGUUGGAGUCGAGAGUGUUAUAUUUCUCGCGAAACAAUUUGAUGUAUUACAACCGUAUUUGGCAAUGAUAGUAGCUCCACAUCAACUUAUGAUUUUAGAGCAUUUCAGAGACAACACUUUAGCUGUGGUCACGGAUUUAAGGUUACCAGUUUAUAUGUGCUCUGCUUCAAAAGCGUUUGACGCCAGGUCGGUGUUGAUAGCCAUGUCGCAAGUCAAAUGGGACGUUAAAAAUGUGGCCGUUGAACAUUCGCCUUAUGUAGAUAUGGUUACGCGGAGGAUUCAAGUGUUCGCGCUGCGUUUGGAGAAUGUUUCGACGAAAGUGUCAUUGAAUUUCGAGGUGUUGAACUCGAUUUGGGCUAUGGUGUCGAAGUUUAUCGUUCAUCUGUUGGUGGAAGGGUUUUCAAACGCGACAAAGUGUUCUAAUGGCGGUAGAGGACUAAUGCAGCUGGAUUAUAGGCAACUGUUCGUCAAGUUGGAGAAAAUAUCUGGUCUAAAACCUAUACCUUAUCAGGAUUAUGUUGAUAGAUACGUGAAAGCUUACUAUCUGCCUCGUAAAGGUCUAGAAGAUUUCGUGAAAGAAAGAAAUGAGUAUUCGAAUAAACAUUUGUUAGCGUUAGUUACGUCGGCGUGCGAAAAUAAAAGGGAUAGGCAAGCAUUGGCAGCCAUUAUAGAAGGCAGAGAUGCGGCUUAAGGCCUCGUACGCACGAGAGUUAAAAAGCUGUCGACGGUGAUGUUUUUAAAACGCUUGUGACGGAAUACUUCGUGAGAUUCGACAUUCCAUAUACCGUCCAAUGUUUAAAAUGCAACAUUGUUACAAAACGCUGUGUAGAAACUGACAUGUGACGAACAGAUACAAAGUUGUCCAUGUUUUAUAAUAUAUAUAUACAUAUAGCUUUAUCAACACUGAAAAAACGCUCGAUCGAACAAGGCCCAAACAGCGGUCAUUUAUAAUGAACUAGUUGUUACGCGGCUUCGCCUGCAGUACAAAUAUAGGCUACGUUUAGAAUCUGAACAUAAUGAAAAAUCCAAUUCAUUCAAUAUAAAAUUAUGUUGUUGAUAUGUUUACAUUAUUUAGUAAAGAAGUUGCGAACCCUGUUAUUAAAAAAAAAAUACUCUAAGCAAAAAAUAUGUUUUGUCUCUUUCUGUUCAACGUGCGUUGUUUCGGUAGUUGAAACGUCAGCAACAUUAAAUAAAAAAGGUUCUUACCAAGUCCCGAUGUAUAAUAGUUAUGUGUUAAAAGGGCGAACGUUUAAAAACAACUAUUGUAAAAUGUAGACAGAAGACUAGAGAUGUCGUUUUAGCUUGCGUUUCACUCAUACAAGAUAAUGAAACGAAAUUGUGGCAGUCACCAAUACACGGUGACUUUGUAUACAUUGGCAAUAUUUUGUCUACACGCUCAGUCCAUGAUUCUGAACAACUUUUAGUACGGGAGUAACUCCGAAAUCGCGUAAAAAAUCUGCUUUUCUGUACAAAAUUAAAUAGAUUUUUCGCGAUUUCGAAGUUACUUCCAUACGAAAAGUCGUUCAUAGACUGAGCAUGUACAUAAAAUAAUACCAAUGUAUGAUAUGAUCUGUGGCGGGAUAGUUCUCAGAGCGUGUCGAUCGCUGUCAUUACGAUCCGUCACUUGAGGAAGGAAUCAUUUCCAAAAUCAUUCAUUUAUAUAAUUGACAUUUACAGUUCACAGUACUGAUUAAUUAUUUUAAAGCCAGGGGCUUACCAUCAUCUCUUAACGCGAUCCACUUUACGACCUAAACUGAACUGCAUUGCAAAUUCGUACUAACGACUUAAUUUUUAGUAUGAAUGCGAUUCAUUUUAGGUGGCUAAAUUGAACUGAGUUGCAUUGAAAUCGUUCUGUAAAAGUUGAUUGUAGGCCUGCAGAUAGAAAAACUAAUUCUUGUCUUUGUUAAAAUUUGAAAAAUUGUAGGUAAUGAUAGCGCGGGCGCAGCCGUCCAAACGCUCUGAGAAACACACCAAUAUUCGUUCAUUCGCGUCGGCUGUCUGACUGAGUUGGACGAUAACGUGGAGCCGACCUUAGACAAAGCCGUUUUUGGACGCGGCGUUUUUAUGACGCGCGUUAGAAAUCGUCUGUGGCAAAAAAGUUCGCGCAACAAUUUUGAGCUUAAUGAGAACUAGUCUGAAAUAUGCCAACGCGGAAUUCUGACGCGCGUUUAAAAAUCGCCUCGUUCGAACAAGACCUUAUUGUUGUUAUAUUAGUAUAUUCUAAAUGUAGAUCUAUUAUAUUUACCAUUGAGUAAUAUACACUUGUAAAAUAUUUUAAAAAAUCUUAAAAAUAAAUCAAUAACACAAGUAAAA